AUGCCUUCCUUAAAGAGCUCUAAUCACUGGACUUUAUCAGAGUUACUUGGGCAGCGGAGGCUGUUAGGGCUCGGAGCUCUGCUGGCAUGGCUUGUCCUCUUCCAUCUCCUUGUGAACGUUUGGCUCCUCUGCAUUUUCACCAGUCUCUUGGUGGUCCUCGGGGGUUGGCUCGGGUCCCGUGCCGUACUGGAUGCAAACAGCCUUCUCCACUUGGAACAUUUUUUUCCUCUUGGCACAGUUAAUCCACCACUGUAUUCCCCUGAACAUGAGUGGAGGUUGAACCAUGAGAUCAACAGUGCUGUCCACAAAGCAGUGCGUGACUUUGUGUCCUCAUGGUAUCGUACCCUGCUGCCAGAGGUGGAGGGGGAGUUUGAACAUGCAGUGCGUCAUUCAAUGUUGGAGUCAGUGAUGGAGCUGAAGGAGCGUGCGCGGCGAGUGGACAGAAAAGCGCUGGUUCAACGGCUGCUAGAGCUGUACGGUUGUCAUCUGCAGAGCUACAUCACUGCAAGACAGAUACGGUCAACACAGAGGGAGGGUAUUAGCCUCUGGCAGCUCUACAGGGAAGUAGAUGCCCCCCAUCCAGCUGUGAGCAAUGCAGCCGCUGAGCUCAGCUACUCAAGAGCUCUUGUUAACCUCGUCUUACAUGUGCUUGUUCCAUACCCUCAGAUGGAAACCAGGACUGGAGGUUACAUGGUUACAGAACUCAUCACCUGCAAUGUGCUGUUGCCGCUCAUAAGCAGGGUGUCGGAUCCUGACUGGCUGAACCAGACCAUUGUAGACAUAUUUACCAGGUCCCGAGAACCACAGGAAGUCAAUGUGAACGAGCUCCCGGCAGCUGCACUAUACCGAUGUCAGAUCCAGCAGGAGUCCUGGACCACCUGCAGGUCAAUGUCUUCUUCUGAACAAGCAGGCCUCACCAGCAGAAGCGCUUCUGACCUUGAUGAUCUACAGAGCCAGAGUACGACCUGUGAGAGGGACUCUUCACAGAGCAGCAUGGUUAGCCUGACGUCUGUGGAGAAAUUACAAAGUCGCCAUGCAGGUUUGCUCACACCAUGCAAAGUGAACUGCUGUUCAAUCAUGUCCGACCAUUACUCCCGGUCCCCGGAGUCCAAAAGGAUUUCACUGGACUCCCUCAUUCAAUCAGACUCAGAAGAUGACCUGACAGGAGGUUUUUGUGACUGUGGUCCUCCAACGAACUUCUGCAAUGUGAGCACUUUCAAGGAUGAUGAAGCCUUCAGCUGCUUCGCUCCUCUGAAAAAUCUUCAGUCGAAGGUGGUUGUGCCUGAGGACUCCCAGUGGCCAGCAGGUAUAGCCCAAGAGAAAUCCCCAUCGUGUCCUCCAAGAAGACUUUGUCUAACCUCCUACAACUUUGAGACUCCCAACAACCAAACUGCACCUGUGCAUAUCCAGAAUGUACACAUUUCUGGUACUGUCACUGCAAAGGAGCAGCGUGGCACUGGCACGCAUCCCUAUACUCUCUACACUGUGAAGUUUGAGACAGUGGCUGAAACAGAAAACGGUGCGACUCUGCAAUCGGUGGCCUGUCACGCUGUCAACCGGAGAUACAGCGAGUUCCUCAACUUGCAGACGCGUUUAGAGGAGAAGCCUGAAGUUAAGAAAUUAAUCAAGAAUGUCAAAGGCCCGAAGAAAAUGUUCCCUGACCUUCCAUUUGGCAAUGCAGACAAUGAGAGGGUUGAAGCCCGUAAAAGCCAACUGGAUACAUUCAUUAAACAAUUAAGCAGCAUUCCUGAGACAGCCAACAGUGAGGACAUGCAGGAGUUUCUGGCUGUCAACACAGAUCUUUGCACAUAUUUUGGAAGAAAGCCUUUUGUCAAGUCAAGAAUUGAUAAGAUGAUGGAAAAUGCUUUAGACACACUGAAGACAGCUUUCCCUCAUCCUGAGCCCCUCAGUCCAACAGAGGACCUUGAGGGAGAUCCUGAUGGGAGAGCGAUGGACAACAGAAAGUACAGGAGGCUUAUGUUCCCAAACAAAAUUUCCCCAUCCCUCAAUAUACCUGACCUACAUCCUAAAGUGACAUACUGCUUUAGUGAAGGCAGCACUGUCCUCAAUGGCAUGUCGCUGUGUGGCCUGGAGAGCUUUGUCAAAGAGCAGGAAAGACUUUUAUCUGGGCAGAAUGGGAAAGAGGCAGCCAAGCAGAGCUGUGAACAGCCCCACAAAGACAAGAAGACUUCAGGGAAAACUCUCGGGACAGACACGGCUGUGGCAGAUGUUGCAUUGAACAUCCUGUGUCUGCUGAUGAAGGACCAGUGGAGUUGGCUGUGCACUGAGAAUAUACAGAAGACCAUCAGACUGCUCUUUGGCACCUUCAUUGAGAGAUGGUUGGACGUAGGAGUUGCCUACCUCACCAGUGCCCCCUGCUGGGUGAUUUAUCUACAAGUGCUGCAGGAAGCUGUGUGGCCGGGAGGCACACUACCUACUCAUCCACGGCCGGAGCGAAGUGCUGCAGAAAGAGAGGAAACUAAGGAGCAGUGUCUGGACUGUCUAAUGCAGCUGCUCCCAGAGCUCAUCACUGACAUGCUUGGCAGUGAGAAGUACAGACUGAGCUUGGAGACCAUGCUGGAGUCUUUACAGAACCAUCAGAUAAACAAGCAUCUGAUCUACUGCAUCUGUGACCUGCUGCUGGAGUUUCUGAUCCCUGAGUCGUGUGACGAGGCCUUCCAGAGGUCUCUGCUGCAGAGCCUGGCUAAAGACACAGAGAGGGACAAUCCUCACUUAUGAUUAGUACAUGAUAGCACUCUGAUGCCUCACAUCUGGAAGCAAUUGAUGGAUGAUGUGCAAUUAAUGUAUAUAAGUGUUGUGAUGAGUUCAAAAUUGUCUGUAGUCACUAGAUUCUAUGGGGGGAUGGCAAAGAAUAAGAGCAGUCAUUAUCUGGUUGAUCAGCGGUCGAAGGGUGCUUGUUCAGGGAUUUAUAAUAAACUUCUCUACCUUGUGACUUACUGUAACAUAAAAAUGAGAAGUCUGUAUAAGGACUUUACUCUGGCCUAUAUUUUUUGUCAUCUGAUGGCUGGUAUCUCACACUUCUCAAUGCAGUCAGUGCCUAUAGCUGAGCACUGUGAUACCUAUCAGUGAAAUCAGCUGUGUGGGGGAGGGACCUAAGUUAUAAAUGGUUUCGAUCCUGUCAGUUUCACAAAGACCCCCUGAGGAAGGUCUGUAGGGACUGAGACCUUAGACUGAUGUGCUGAUUUGUAGACUGAUGUCCUGAAUCAAUAAAUGUAAGAGCAGUGUGUGGGAUUCCCCAUCUCUUCAAGACAAAUACAUACAAUGGUCCUAAGAUUUUACGUUUAGCUCCUUCCUUGAAUUCCAAAGCUGUCUCAAUGAUAGUGUUGUGUUAGUGGAUGUGUUUUAUAGUAUUUAUUCCUCCUUUUCCAUAAAAUUAUGAGUAUUUUCAACCUGCUCCAGCUUUUAUGAGCAGCUUUAUUCCAUUGGUCAUGCACGCACGUUCUCACUGAUGAGGUUCAGUUUAUACCUUCUCUGAGAAACCAGCCCCAGAGUGUUGGUUGUACUGUAACUUUUAACUUGUGGUUUAAAGUUUGAUUGACAUAUAUUACAUUAUCUGGAUUUUGAGAGGCACUAUGUAAGGUCAUCGUGUAGACUGCACACUUGUAGUAAGUUCACAUUUUAUGAGCAACCAUGGAGGUAGUGUUUGCACAUUGCUGCUCAGGUGACAUUUUAUUUUUUUGAACGCAAUUGUUUUUACAAUAAAAUUGUACAUAGUGUAGCUUUAAGGUGAAACUUUAAAAUUGGAUUGUCAUGCUAAGACUUUGUCCUGGCACUGACAGUGAUGUUUUCAACAACAACUGACCAACAUGAUAACAUGGUCUGGACUUGCUUUUACCUAAUAGUCUUUGGGAACCAUGCUUGAAUGAAGACCGUAAUAUUAAGAGCACUAUUCCAUGUAUGAAAAGAGCGUAAGAUUUGACACAUGUACUUUAAAUAA